CUCAUUUAAAACACCAAAUGCCGAGCGGAACUGGAUCCGAUCGGCCUUCCUAAAAGAUGUUUGCCAAGAAGCAAGGGUACGGGCAUGCCACUUUAAAUAAUGCCACAGAGAAACCUCUAGGAAAACUGAAUCCUGACCUGCUUAUACACUUGUCGUCAGAUCACGAGUUAUAAAACAGGCAAGAUGCGGGGAUAUCGUUUGUUCAGCCUCCUGCCAUUGCUGUCAGGAAGCUUGGCAGCAACUUUCACGUCAUGUACCGAUUCGCAAAUAGCCACACUUGAGAUCGCUAUCGAGCGAGCCACGAACAAGUCGUUCGCAGCUAUAGAGCAUCUGGAAGACAAUCCCAACGGCAGCGAGAUCCAGACAACUUGGUACGGCGCGUUCAGUACCGAAAGGUAUAAUCGAAUCCUGACCGCCUUCAAGAAAUUCGCACCGGAUCUAGCCACAACAUUCCGCUAUGACUGUGCCUGCGUCAGCAGUGCCGUGAUCGCGACGAUUGGCGGCACAUACGGAGACGUCAGAAUUUGCAGUGUGUACUUCGAUGAGACCGUGGUGCCACCUGGAGGCCAUCGCUCACAGUGGGACACUAUUGUUCACGAGGCGACACACUUCAGAGAUGUACUGCGCACGGUUGACAAUGGCUACGGUGUCGAAGCAUGCAAGCAGUUUGCAUUGGAAGAUCCAGAAAAGGCUGUCGAAACUGCUGAUUGCCAUGCCCGCUUCGCUGUCGAAGUGCCUCCGUUUGGUCCUUGA